CACCCAGGCCACGCCCCUUCGCUGCCGCCGCCGCCAUUUCUGCGGCGAAGGAAGAAGAGAAGGAAGAAGGCGGCGAGGGAGCCAUUUUGGUCUCUUCUAACUGGAGAGAUACAGGGAAAUGAGGAUUCUGUGGAGUUACCUUUUGGGUACAGUAAGGAAAUCAGUAAUAUAGGAAGAAGAAGAAAAAUCCUCUCAAGGUGAUGAUUCCGCUGAAUACUUGACCUCACUUACAGAUAAGAAAGGAAAAAAGAAGAGCCAAGUAUCUAUAUUGCAAUUCAAUACCCACAACAUUGUUGACAUGGAGGACAAAGCUUCUAAAGCCCUGCAGUGUGGAAAGUGUUUCACACAGAGGGCUCAUCUGCAGCAACAUGAAAAGAUUAAUACUGGAGAUGAGCACUAUGAAUGCAUGGAGUGUGGAAAUAACUUCACUCAUAAUUCAAAUCUACGUAAACAUCAAAGGAGUCACACUGGGGAGAAACCCUAUAAAUGCCUGGAGUGUGGACAGAGCUUCACUUGUAGUUCAAGUCUACGUUUGCAUAAAAGGACUCACACCGGGGAGAAACCCUAUACAUGCCUGGAGUGUGGACAGAGCUUCACUUGUAGUUCAAGUCUACGUUUGCAUAAAAGGACUCACACCGGGGAGAAACCCUAUACAUGCCUGGAAUGUGGAAAAAGCUUUGCUCGGAGUGUGCAUCUACGUUCACAUCAAAGGACCCACACUGGAGAGAAACCCUACAAAUGCUUAGAGUGUGGACAGAGGUUCACUAAUAGUGGAAAUCUACGUAGACAUCAAAGGACUCACACUGGGGAGAAACCCUACAAAUGCUUAGAGUGUGGACAGAGGUUCACUAAUAGUGGAAAUCUACGUAGACAUCAAAGGGCUCACACUGGGGAGAAACCCUAUAAAUGCUUGGAGUGUGGACAGAGGUUCACUGAUAGUUCAAGUCUACGUUCACAUCAGAGGACUCACACUGGGGAAAAACCCUAUAAAUGCUUGGAGUGUGGACAGAGUUUCACUGAUAGUUCAAGUCUACGUUCACAUCAGAGGACUCACACUGGGGAGAAACCCUAUAAAUGCUUGGAGUGUGGACUGAGCUACACUCGGAGUGCAAGUCUACAGUCACAUUUAAGGACUCACACUGGGGAGAAACCUUAUACAUGCCUGGAGUGUGGACAGAGCUUCAAUCUCAAUUCAAGUCUACAGUCACAUCAAUGGAUUCACACUGGGGAGAAAUCCUAUAAAUGCUUGGAGUGUGGACAGUGCUUCACGCGGAGUGAAAAUCUACGUUUACAUCAAAGGAUUCACACAGGGGAGAAACCUUAUAAAUGCCUGGAGUGUGGAAAGAGCUUCUCUAUUAAAGGAAGUCUACGUAGACAUCAGAGGACUCACACUGUCCAAGCAGGCACAUCAGAUGUUCUCAGAGCCAUCUUCCCGCCUCUCCUAUCCAAUCCAGCCGGCACAGGCCCAGCAUAUCCCAUCCUUCUCGGAAUCUCACCAGGAGAUAAUGUUGGACAGAGAGCUUCAGGAUUUGACACUCAUACCAUGAUCCAGGUGCGACACCAGCAACUGCCAUCACUGAUCCCUCUAACUGUGGCUCGUCAACAACGAGAAGAGCAGACAAACCGCAGCACUGGCCAGAGCGGCAGCCAGAGGGAUAACCAAGCCCCCUGUACAACCUGCCCAAAUGGAGCAGAGAUUGGAGAAAUGCAAACUGCCACCAUUAUCCCUCCCUUCAGACCAUCAUCAUAGGUCGGAGGAAGAUGACCCAGACAUUGACAAUGCUGACUUCAUCCACUCACAGUCGGCCUCUACCUCUCACCCGACUCAGACAAUUACCUGGUUGAUCAUACUUUGUGCCGCUGAAACAGAUCCCAAGUGCACCACGACUGGCGAAGCUGUUAAUACAACAUGUCUAUCACCUUCAUAGGUGUCAUGAGAGGACUUGAUAGGGGUCCCCAGUUCACAGCAAAGUACUAGAAGGCGUUCCUACACAUGGUGAGAACAGAGGAACAACAAUUUGCAGGCAGGCUAUAUGAGAUCUGGAAGGGACUUCAACGUUAAUCUAGUCUGACCCUCCUUCCUGCCAUCCAGAAUAUACAAUUUGAGCCUUCCCCCCAAAAAAUGGCCACCCAGCCUCUGUUUCACAGAACUCUAGAGAUGGAGACUCCAUCAGACUCUCAGGCAGUCGAAAGAUUUGGAAGGGACUUCAAAGGCCUCUAGUCUGAUCCCCCCUUCUUGCCGUACCGGAAUAUACAAUUUAAGCCUUGCCAACAAAUGGCAAACAGACCUCUGUGUCACAGAAUUCCAGACUCCUAGGCUGCGUUUUUUAGAUUUGGAAGUGUCUUCAAAGGUCAUCUAGUCUGUUCAACUUCUGCCAGAUAGGAAGACACUCAAUCCAAGCCUGUCCAACAGAUGGCCAUUCAGCUUCUGGUUAAGGAACUCCAUGGAAGGAGAUCCCAUCAGAGUUCCAGGCUGCCUAUUUUAGAUUUGGAAGGGAUUUCAAAUGUCAUCUAGUCUGACCCCCCUUCUUUUUUUGCCAAGCAACAAUACACAGUCAAAACCUUUCCAAGAAAUUGCCACCCUGUGCCAAGAAGCCAAACUCAGACGUGAAUCGACUGACUGGUCAUCCUGCCAUGUGAAGACGAGGGAGGAGGGAGAGGAAAGAGCUCAGAGUUGCAACAGAGAUACGGCCAUCUGGAUAAGUCAUUAUGGGAACUAGAGUACUGAAGAUGUUGAAAUGAAACCUGGUUGGGGGUGGGGAGGUGUAAGUUUAUAGAGUAUAUAGUAGGGGGUGCAGAACAGGUUGGUUGAACUAGCUUAUGUGAAUCUGUCAAGAAGGAAAAUAAAGACUUGUUUGCCAUGAUUA